AUGAUUGCUGAACAUAGUAAAGAGGAGGGUCCUUCGGGGGGAGACCGAGUGACACAUUCUAUCAGUUCACUUAUUCACAAACCAAAUGAUGAGAACGUGCUAUCUACCUACUACCUCUACGGCGAACCCCUCAUUUGUCUGACACUGCACGGCGAGGAGCGACUCUGCCUGGCCCAGAUCUCGGGUUUACUGCUGCGAGAUUUCUCCUACAACGAGAUUCACAACCGGCGGGUUGCGUUGGGGAUCACCUGCGUGCAAUGCACCUCUCGUCAGCUGGAGCUGCUACGUCGGGUCGGUGCUAUGCCCAGUUCCUCGCGCCGCUGCGGUACCAUCACGAAGCGCGAGGCACAACGCCUUGUGGAGUCCUUCCUGCAGGAGUUGCCACCACCAAAAUUGCCGGAGAAUUUUGCCUUCGAGGUGGUGCAUCAUUGCGGCUGGGGUUGCCAAGGUUACUUCAUCCCUGCCAGGUACAACAGUUCGCGAGCCAAGUGUGUUCAAUGCGCAUUCUGCCAGGUGACGUGGAUCCCUCUCUUGUUGGAUGUUUGUUUAGUGUUUUCUGCAUUAAGGGACGUGUUUUUCGAAAGCACUUUUGGCAAUUUUUUGGUUCUCACUUAGAAUGCGGUUCAAUAUCAGAAGCAAUGUGUGUAUACAGGCAACUGGCAAACUGAUGUCGUCCAAUAAACCAGUGUCCUUUAUAGAAGCCAGUAUCUUACUUAUGCGAAAGUCAUUAACAAGUUAGCGACAACAGUUGUGUUCCCGGCAAAAGCCUUUUGGGGCACUAUUGCCAGCUCCCUUUAUUGUGAGGGAUACUGUUACCUCGGCGACAUCCGAACCUUCAACCACUUGAGUUGCUUGGCGCCCACAUACAGUCCUGAAUUUUUCACAAUUAGCCUCCUACAGCCAGUGGAAAUAUCCAAUUUUAGUGAAGCAGGCAGAUUUCCUUAUGCAAUCAACUUAGAAUUCACCAGAUGACCACAGAGCUCAUUUUUUAAUAUAUGUUAUGACAAGACAAGUUCUCGUUCCCGUGUCCUGACUUUAUAUCUAGCCCAAAUAUUAAUUAUACAUCUAGCCCCACACUUAAAAUUAAACCGAACACCAAACUUAACACUACCUCUUCUCUCCCUGGAAUUUAGUGCUAGGCCCCUUGUGCUACGGAGAGGAGGGGGAUUCCGGUUCCGUGCCCUAUCGAUAUCACAGGCAUAUGAUUUACCAGAAACAGAGAAAGUCAAAGUUCACAUAAUACUACUUUUCGAUGCCGUCCAAAAUUUCGAGAGAACUUUCGAUGGUCCACGUAGUCAUUUGAGAACCCAUUCUUCCAGUCACUCCUCCAUGCCAGGCUAUGAGAGAAAUAACCCAGACGGAGAUCUUGAAUGCAGAGGAAACUCGGACUUGAAUUUAGGUGUGAAUUAAAGUGUCGCACGUUUAAAAAUACAAUCUGGACUGUAAUUGCUCUUCAGACUUGGUCCAUUUACGUCCAGGGUUAGGAAUAUCGGUGAACCGAACGAUCGGGUAGUACUUACAGGCAAAAAUUAAUGUCAUCAUUAUAGCCGUUCCUGGCUUAUUGACCUCAUAAGUCAGUGGAUGUGCUGCCGCAAUGACGAUUAAACCCUAAUCAGUGAUGAUUAAGCCUUAAUCAGUUUGUGACUGACGACUUCCCCAUCCCGGAACAAGGAUCUGGGGUCCUGUUUGUUGAUUGGGAGUGGCAAUAUUCAAAGUGACGCGGGGUAGUUGUACCGACCGCUUAAUCCCGAUUUCGGGAGAAACUCCGGAUCUAGAGUCAUCGGAUCUAGGUUCAAACUUCCUGUACGCCGAAAUCGGAGUUGGAGUAGCAUUGGUUGAUGUUGGAAAAUAAUCGAAAAAUGAUCAUACUGGCGUCUCUCGACAUUUUCGGCAAAUACUUCUCUGUUAACGAUUGUUUGUUGCCAUUCGAUCGUCUGGGUAGACUGUGACUCUCGUCUGCAUUCUGUUCAGCAAUAAGGAGAGGUACGGCAAACUGGCUAUCUCGCGAAAUAUUAACCAAGAUUCUAAAAUGCGUUUUCGACACAAAAGAUUUCUUGAGUAGGGUUGCAAUAUUAAUUGCCGUGCAAACGUAAUCUCUAGCUGUUUCUGUCACGACAGGAAACCGGCCUUUGAACGAACUUUUUCCUGCCUGCCAGAGAAAACAACACUCUGUAAAAAGCAACUACGUAAAUAGCACACACUUUUCUCAUUUACUUCUGAUGAUAAAUUCAAGUAUACUUCGUAGAAAAUAUGCAUACAAACACUUGUUCUUUUACUACCGUGGCAGGUAAUUACGUCUUGAAGGAAGAGUAUGAUUUGGUUCUAAAAACUUUUUUCAAUUUCGGAAUAAGUUUAAACGCCUCCCAACGUCAAACUUUUAUUCGGGGUUUCCAUGGUACAAGCUGUAUGUUUUCCGUUUAAGGAAAAUUGUAAUCUUUAUAUGCUACGAAGAAGACAUUUGGGAUUUGUGCAGUUUCGCAGUGGGUUUGAACCGUAUUGUAUACAUUACAGGCGACACUAAUACAUUCAGAGAUAAGAAGUUUUAUGAAUGAAUAUUCCACGGUCAAAAAAUCGCAUAAUUAUAAAUCCCUUUAAAAACGGAAAAUACUAUUUAUUCAAGUAAAAAAUUUAAAGAGGACGUAAUUUGCUACCCAUUGGGCAAAAUAACAAAUAUUUUUAUGCAUGUUUUUACGACCUUAGAAGAAAUUGUAUGUACUCCAAAAAAUUUACGUAUUGGCAUUUCUUCCAUCACAAAGGCUGAUAACUACUAUUACCAUCCGGUCCCCGACGGCACAUAAUGCUUGAGUUUAAUUACAAUCGGGGGGGGGGGGCGAUUGAGCAUCAGAGCUCGUCGACUCUCUUCCAAACAUCGUCAUCUUCCAGUUUUGAGGCCGAAUUCUACCUCCUGGAGAUAAGGAAGUGUCCUCGUGUGUGUUAAGUAGAACAAUUCAUUUAUUCAGUAAUUGGCGCAACGAACUUCCAGGUGCAUGCAUGCAUGCAAGUUCUUAACAGUGGGGAGAGCUCCACGGACGAAGUUGUGCACCUUCCGGAUUUGCUAUGGAAGCCAUGGUAGGCAGUAGCUAUCUCAGCCUCGCUGUCCGCGUGGUGAACAAAAAAUGGUCGGAUUGGUUUGGUAGCCCCACCUGAAGUAAACAAACCUCAGUCACCUCGAAUACGGGACCGGUAGUAAUAGGGGUUUUUACAGGUGGGGCCGGGAAACGCACAGACGACGAAGUCAAGUAGUUGUAUGCAAAAGAAAAGCUAUUGGGAGUGCGUGGUUGCACUUUUAAUGGCUGUGAAAUAGUUCCUCCAACCCCUAACCAUGAUCAUAGCCCCUAACUAUAGCCCCUAGCCCUAAACCCCAACCCCUAACCUUUAACCUAACCCAUAACCUUAACCCCUAACCCUAACCCUUAACCCCGACCCCAACAGUAUGGUGUCCAUCAGGUGGGACUACCAAACCAAAUUGCCAGAUGCUAAGCCAACAGGGCAAUUCUAGGAGAUAACAUAUGGAGUUUAAUAGGAGAGAUGUCAACUCCAAGGCUACGUACUAUUGCAGAUUUGGCCGAAAGCCGAGUCUGCUUUGCCGCUAGACCAGUUUCCCGCUCAAGUACAUUGAUUCACGUCGGCCGUGGAGACCUCCGGUCGGUGGCGCACGAGAAAAGAGGUUGGUGUAUGGCAUGAAAGUAGGCAACCGCACAAGUCGGACAUCCAAGGAAUAGAAGAAAAAUUUCUAAAGGCGCUUUUUUCAUAUAAGUUGAUUUUACCAGCAAGAACAUCCAACAGCCAGUUUGCUUAAAAAUCACGAAUAUGCAUGUGCCCACGAAGGAAGCAUAGAGAUGUCUAAGGGGGGCUUACAAUAAACAAGUUCAAUCCGUGAAUAGCGGCUUGGAGCAUUAAGGGCAGCCUAAUUCAGAAGUUCAACAACUCGCACACACCGGCAUGGACUAUAAUGCAAUUAGUUUUGUCAGAUUGGGGAAUUCACUCAUCUCACACGAUUGACAAUUGUGCGCGGAUGGCGACAUGAGGGGUUCGGGUUAACGAUGGGGUUAGAAUUAUUAUCAGGACCGGGGUUAGGGUUGACGUUUGGACGCGUAAAAAACUACCCCCUGAAUUUUGGCACAAAACCACCUGUCAUACUGGAGGGCACCUUUUCCCGUGUCUCAUCAACGCCGAAAUGCCUGCUAAUUCACGACGCCCAGGAUUUUCCCUAGCCUUCUGAACACCGUCUUACCACUGAACGGUGCGAGAGUUGGAUAGAUUAAAGCCGGAAAAGCGCACUUUUCCCUCCUUAGAAUUGAGCCAGUACGCUAGUCACUGCCGAGAGUCUUAUGCUCGUAGAAACAUGCCUCAGCGCUCACGAUGAGUACACACCAUAGUGAAAGGCGUCGGACGGCGUAAGUUUCGAUCUCCUCCUCUGUAAUAUAGUACUAUAACCCAAGGGGAGACUGGUCUGAACCCUGCCAACGUAGUCCAGUGCUAUGAUUAUCGUGGAUUGGUUGGAGUUGAAAGAAAGACCGAAGUUGCUAACUGGUUUUUUUAAUGUCGCAUGCAUAUGACACAAGCACUAGCUCAAUUCCACAGACAAACCGACUUUAUCCGAACAUGCUGCCCGUUAAAAGACACAACUUGGACGUCCAAGCACAGCACGUCUUCACCACUUUUCCAUGCGAUGACCGUGAGAUUCUGUCAUAUCCCGAGUUCCCGCUCGUUGUUUUGCCGGAAUGACAACUCAUAUCGAGAAUCAGAAUAUUAAGGACUUCCUUCUAAGGGUUGACCACCUUCUAACUGUAGUGGUGAGGGGAUUUGGAGGAGAGGAAUUGUAUUUAACAAAGGGGCGAAUACAAAUGACUAAUUUCUUUUCAUUCAAGUGGAGACGCUUCGCGUACAAACUGUGAGUGAAAAGUUUGAGUUUUACAACCGGUGUGGUAAGGAGUUGCUGGCAGUUGUACAUUGCGUCUCCAAGUAAUGACAGAGGGUGCUGAGCGAACUCUUAGCGCGCCUAGUGCAUUGAGUAAUUAAAUUCGGGCGCAAACCCCGCGUCCACCCGACCCGGGCUUGGACUGCGGACACACGUCUACGCAAAUUAAGCCGAUGGUGACUAAUGAAGUCGCCAUAAUUAUUGCUGGCUGAUAUUCACAACUUUUGGAGAAAAGUAUCAUUGCUGCUCACUCGAUUAUUUUGCUAUGUUGCCGUAGCAGGGAAUAAAGCACACCUGUUGCUCAAAAGAUAUGUCCGUUUCCUCGUGGUUAGUUUACAUGACAUGAUGAGUUAUGCAUUUUAUAUUUAUAGACAUACUUUUCGCCGAACAAAUUUGUCUUCCAUUGUCACACUCGCGAGGAAACUGGACGGCAACAGGUGGCCACAUAUCGACACCCCGAUGCAGCUAAUUUCAACGCCUGGCGACGUCACCUAGUGCUCGCAGAUCCCGAUCCGCCGGAAGAAUUGCUUUUUGCCUGGGAGGAUGUUAAAGCCAUGUUUAACGGGGGUAACCGUAAGAAAACUGGCAUGCCCUCGCCCGAAGCCUCGGCAGCCUACACGCCGGACGCUAGUCCACCACCAUUCAAAAGAAGAUGCCUCGAUGUGUCUCAGGCCUCAAAGAGCGAGAACCAUGUCAAGGCGCUUGAUCGACAAAUCCAUCUGGGGUUCCUUCCCAGUUCACCAGAGGCCCUUAUGCACGAGAAGUGCCGCUCUGUGUUUACCUCUUUAUUGGAGCAGAAGACAUUCAGUAAGGUGGAUUGUUCAUUAGGAUCCCUUGACUGGAAUCCUAGCACCGUCCAUCGAACUCCAGAAUAUCUUGCGCCCCUGAAAAGGACUGUGGAGCUGGCGGCGGACCUCGAAUCCGCUGUCCCUCUCAACCAGUCCCGAAUCCGACAACGGGAUUGGCUGGAAGACAUUGUCUUGGGGUCCUCGGAUAUAGUGAUAAGUGGACAAUCGACAUCGACUGUAUCUGGUAGUCUGGGCAUCUGGGCAAGCGCCCUAAGAAGUUAUCUCGAAAUGAUGGCUAGAGGAUUUUACCCACCACCACCGCCGCCGCCGCCGCCGCUUCCACCACCGCCCACCACAUGA